GAGACCACCAUGAUGGACCAGGUCUACACUUGCAGCAGCGGGUCUGCCGACGGUCCUGCAGUCGAGUACUUCGGCUGCGAGGAGUGCGCGGGCUUCGUUGAGACGCACUUGCCAGGAGUUUCCUUCGCCCAGGUCUGCCGUGACAAGGCACAGGAUGAGGAGUUUGCAGCGGAGGUCGAGGAGGCGCCCCAGGCGUCAGAUCAGGAUCCCAAGUUCACCCCGAGCUUCGGUGAGCACGUGCGCGUGGGCGGCAUGGCGUACGAGGACAUGAUCGCGCCCAACCACUACCAGGUCUUGACGACGUGGGGCAAGACGCCGAAGCAGAUGCGCCUCAAGCCGCUCAAUUGGACUUCCCGCACUGGUGAGAAGAUCACAGUCUACCCGAUUGAGAUCGCCGACGUCAGCCAGACGAAUAUCAUGACAGACGUGAGCGGCUUGAUGGACUCGCAGAUGGGGCGCGUGAUGGCGGCGCGGCUCUCGGACAAGAACAAUGAGAAGGCAGCGUUCUCGACAUUUCGUUUGGCCACCCUUAGCACUAUCAACGAGAGGUCGAGGCAGCUGGGCGGCAACGAGAUCCCCCUCCCGCUUCGCAGCUCAGGCGGGUCUGCGGCCGCCGCCGCCUCCGCGCAACCACAGCAGCGGGGCGUCGUCCUCCCACUUCGGGAGAGAAGCCGCCAGUCUGGCGCAUCAGCGGCUGCUGCAAGUGGAUCAGCGCUGGCCGUCGAGGAUGGUUCGUUCGCCGCUGAUGCUGAUGGGAUCGAUGGCGACGAGCUCGACGAUUGCGACCUCGUAUCGAGUGACGAAGCGGCAGCCGCGCUAGCUCGCCCAGCGCCCUCGCCGCCGAAGGGCUCGCUGACCCCGUGCGGCGGCAGCCGCGGUCGGUCCUCGACGCCAGCUGCUGCUCGCUUGGGCCGCAGAGGCCGCCAGGGCUCAGCCUCCCAGCUGGAGCUCAGCAGCGAUUCCAAGAAGAGCGCGACCUCCCAGAAGCCAGUGUUUGACAAGGGGACGCCUGAGUAUUGGAUCCAGCAGACCGACGUCGCGAGCAUCGUGGCGGGCGGCAAACCAGGUCAGGGUCCUAACCAAUUGGAGGCGCUCCUGAAGACAUGUGCAGAAGGAAAGCGCCCCGCCAUCAGAGCCCACCUGGAGCUGGUCAGUGCCGCGAAGGAGGUGGCCAGGAUGAAGGCGGUGGAGGAGACGAGCUUGCACGCGCACCUGGACAAGCUGAAGACUGCCGUUGGCGCUCUGCCGGCGAGUGUCUGCGUUAAAGUUCUCACCCAGUCGUCGACUAAGCAUCGGAAACAGUUGCUCUCAGAGCCCCCCAGCGCCGAAGGUCUCAUCAAGUACAUGUCCAUGUUCCGCCUCUGGAAGGACCCCGCGAAAGACAGGGACUGCGACCACCGCGCCCCAACGUUGAUGGCAACCGGCGCCCCUGCACAGGAGGCUGGCAAAGUAUUCUUCGAUGAGGUGAUCGUGGAAUUCUUGGUGCCGCUCAUCCUCGGUGACGCGCCCAAGGAGGAGGCAGUCCUGGAGUUCGCGCGGUGCGGUCAGCAGGCCUUGGCACUCCCAGAGUUCGCAGAUAUCGACGACGACUGCGCUGAGGCCAUCGUUACGGCGCAGCAGCUCUUCAGCGCCGUGAUCGCGUUGACUUGCAAGACGGUCGUCAAGAACACCGCAGUCGACGUGUGCGACGACAUCCAGAGCCUGGGCGCCUCCACCGCCACGGGUGGCACCACUGUUUGGACACAGGUGGGCGCUGCGAUCCAGGAGUCUCCGCACUGGAACAGGCUCCGCACCACCGUUGUGAAGUCAAUCAAGGCAUUGAAGGAGGUAGCGCCCUUGAUCGCGAAGGACAUUGCUUCGUGGGAGUCCAUCUCGGCCACGAGGGCGCUCGAGGACGUGCCCAACAAGGCGCUCGCGUUGACCAACAGGCGAGCGCCAUUACUUACCACUAUCAUGAAGAUGACGGACAUGCUCAUGAAGAGGGACUUCGACGGCGAUGCGAGCACAGACGACGCGAGGUACAUUAGCUUGCUGAAGUCUUUCAAGUCCGUCGCCGAGAAGGCAUUCAAUAUCUGCAAGUCCAGCGACUCCUUGGCCACGCUGCUGAAGACCAUCGACGACCACAUCAGGGAGUUCAGCGUGAAGCUGCAGUCCGACGACUUGUCCGCCACCUUUGAGGGGUUCAUCAAGGAGGACUUCAACCUCGCGAAGCUCGCAGCGGACGACGCGGACGCCCAGGGGAGGAUCUUCACGACUAUGUCGGUGAUCAGGCACACGGUCAACGUCCGCAAGACUUGGCUCAGGCUGAUUGGCAAUGCUGAAAACUACUCCGAGGCGGUUGACAGCGACAAGACCGAGAAGCUUUGGAAGGCGUUCCAGAAGUCUAUUGUGGAUUACGAUGCGUUCGUUGCGUCGCAGUGUACUCCUGAGGAGCUCGAUUCACUCAUGAAGGCGAUCGGCAGUGAGUUCCAUGAGAACGCCACCAAGUUCAUCGACCAGGCGAAGGGCGUGAAGGCCGACAUCGUAGUGAUCAAGGUGGGGAAGUUGAAGGCGGAGAUCGAGAACGCUCGCUGUUCUACGGAGAAGGUGUCGGACGGGAUGGUGCAGUUCAAGCAGUGGUGCAUGCGCGUGAAGGACGAGUCGAGCUGGGACGAGAUCUCUGCACUUGGAGCCGAACUCCAGGGUAUUGAUUUCCAGCCGCUCUACGAUGGCAUCGAUAUGCUGUUGCAGGCGCAGCGAGACAACGACGCUUUGACAACUCAGACGGGGGUCCAG